CCAAACUGGCCUCAUCAUCAAUACUUGCCUUUGUUCGCCUCGCCAAUUAUUCAGUAAAUCAUCUUAACACGUUCUUUUGAACUCAAACCACCUCCGCCUUCAAACACAUUCCUCACAUUCUUGAGGACAUCUAGCCUUUCAUUUUAGUCGUUUCCUCACCUCACUCUCUUAUUAUCAACAGAUUCCAGCACUUGUUCGACUUCACAACUUUUUCAAGCUUUGUCGUUAUCUAAACCAUUGGAUUCCAAUUGGAUCAAUCAUUUUUGAAAAUGGUAUCUGGUCACAGUCGAGGGACCUCCUGGGCCAGGACUGCUUCAGCAGUGCUCGCUAUAACGUCACCCGCAGCUAUCAUUGCUUCACCUUCCCCAAAUACGUUCGAGGUCGUUGGGGUCACAGGCGUGUCUGCUCAACAGCUCUUCGUCGCAGGUGUAAAUAAGGCAUACAUCCUUGAUAAAGUUGAAAACAAUCCUACCAAACUUCCUGGCACUUCUCAUCCGGCGUGGGCUACGGAAUAUGACCUUCGAACUAACACUUUUCGACCGAUGGCGGUCGCUACGAACACUUUCUGCGCUGGUGGGGCCGUACUUGGUAAUGGAACGUGGCUUUCGGUAGGAGGAAACAAAGCAGUAACCUCGGGAGGACUAGAUGGUGUGAAUCUGGCAGGACCAUAUGGCAAUGAUGACGGCGCCAAAUCUAUCAGACUUUUGGAUCCAUGUGACAACGAUACCAACUGUCAGUGGGUGGUCAAUCCCGGAGGUAACCUCUUACAAGCUAAGCGUUGGUAUCCUACCGUAGAGACCUUAGAAGAUGGAAGUGCAAUGAUUAUCGGUGGGUGCACAGAUGGUGGUUAUGUCAACGAUGCCAAUCAGAACAUCCCAACCAUUGAAUAUUUCCCUUCGAAGGGAACUCCAGUCGGGCUCAAUUUCUUGACCACAACACUACCUGCAAACCUUUAUACUCUCACAUGGCUACUCCCUUCAGGAAAUAUUUUCUUCCAAAGUAAUCUCGCCACAGAGAUCUUCGACUACAAGAAGAACGUUGAAUAUCCUCUUCCAAACAUCCCUCAUGCUGUCCGAACAUACCCUGCUUCUGCAGCUACGGCUAUGCUACCUCUGACCCCCAAGAAUAACUACACAGCAACGAUUUUGUUUUGCGGGGGUACCGACUUGCAACCCGACCAAUGGGUUACAAACUGGAAUAUUGCAGCUUAUCCCGCCGACAGCUCUUGUGUAAAGAUGUCGCCAGAUGUUUCUACCACUUGGGAAGAGGAGGAUUCCUUAUUUGAAGGUCGAAGCAUGGGGCAGUUUGUGAUUAUGCCAGACGGAAGAUUAUGGAUGGGUAACGGUAUUGGGAAAGGAACCGCUGGGUACGGAAACACCAGCUGGGCCAUUGGACAGUCUUUCGGUUCAGACCCCAUAUAUGCACCGGCAUACUACGAUCCAAACGCUGCCAAAGGUUCCAGAUGGUCAAGACCAAUGACCAAUGCAACUGUUCCUCGACUUUAUCACUCCGUUGCAUCUCUUUUGAGUGAUGGCUCUAUCUUGACUGCGGGUUCAAAUCCAAAUGCUGAUUACAUCCCAGCGGGUACGGCGGGAUACCCUUACGUGACUGAAUACCGUGCUGAGAAGUUUUAUCCGGAUUACUACACCAAGACAAGACCUCAACCUUCUGGUUUGCCGACCUCCUUAUCUUACGGUGGAGCCUUCUUUGACGUCAAGAUCUCCGCCUCUGAUGUACACGACACAUCAUAUCUACAGAACACUCUUGUGUCAGUCGUCCGUGUUGGGUAUUCAACACACGCAAUGAAUAUGGGACAACGGUACCUACAGCUCAACAAUACCUACACCGCCAACUCUGAUGGCUCGGCAACACUUCAUGUAUCUCAAAUGCCCCCUUGUGUGGCUUGUUUCCCACCUGGGCCUGCUUUCUUAUUUGUUGUGGUCAAUGGUGUUCCUUCACAUGGUGUGAUGGUCAUGGUUGGUACUGGAGCUCUUGGUGCCCAACCGACAACACCUGCUGCUGCUUUACCUGGAACUGUGGCUACCUGGAAUUCUGUCUUAUCGACCUCCAGUACAGACGCCAAUAACGGGGCGAAGAAAGGCGACAGCGCUCGGUCGGUACCUCAUCGACAGUUAUCAGCUCUCUCAGCUCUCUUUUUGGUCUUCCUUCUCACUUCGCAAUUCACAUAGAGAACUUGAGAAUCAGGGCUCAAUCCAGGCUUCACAACUUCUUCCUUAGCCUUGAAUCUCUCAUUCCAUUGAAAUAAUUUCUCGCGGUCCGUAGAAACCAUUCAAGACAUGUUACAAGCCUCUAUCAGCGUGCCUUUGUUUUCUAUCCGCACUUGCAACUCAAUCAAAUAUUGUUAUUCAUCAAACUCCCUCUCACGUCAUUGCACUUUCCAGAACCAUUUUUUUCGCCUUUCCUUUUCUAUCGCUGAUCAAUUUGCUGACAAUGUUGACCGAUGUUGCUUGUACUGAAUUCACUUUCAUUUGCCUUUUUGACCAUUCAAGAGUCUUUUCAAUAUAUUUUAUUUUUGAGAACACAUUCUACCUUCCAUUUGGCCCCGAAGAAAUAACAUGGAGUUCAAUGCAAAUUGCUCUAGAGUAAACAUAAUGACCUCAUAUAUCACCAGACCCUCUAUGCGCCCACAUAUACGAAAAUAUCGCAUUGUCAACACGUACGACCUGUACGCUGAGAAGCUUGUAUUUUGUCAUGUCUUUUUCAAGUGGCAACCAAAUCAUUAUUCCC